AUGACAUCCCGAAAGAGAGGCGCGCCAAGUGACGAGACCCAAUCGCCAAGGAAGAUUCAAACUCGAGGCUCUCGAGCGACAGAGAGAUUGCUACCUAGCCCGGCAUGCCCAGGCGAAAUUAAGACUCGUGACCGUGGCCCACCUUUCAAAAUUCCGCCGGGGUCUGACGUCUUCGAGGCCUUUGCUAAGGUCAGAGCAGACAAAGACCUUACAGAUGAGGAGGUAUUUCUUGAGUUGUUAACAACCUAUGAUAUUCCGUUGUCCACUUUCUCGCAGAUCUCAGCUAAGAAAUUGGAAGCCUCCUUUUCCAAUGUGACAUACCGUCAAAUUGCGCCAUAUGUGUGGUUAGAUCCUAAUGAGGCAGGUCAAGAUAUGUUACGACUCGAUGUCUUUCGAUCUCGGAUUGCCACCGAUAUGUUUCGUAAUAUUGUAUGUGAUGUUGAAGAUACUCUCAUACAGUACGGUCCCCUUGAUUGCCACGAGAACGAAGAAACCAGAUCCCGCUUCAUCGCCUCGCUUUUCACCCGCAUUGUUUGUGUAUUCAACGGUAUUGUUGUCAAUAAGCCAGAGACACUGCUGGAGAGUGAAUUUACGCGAAAAGGCCGUGUAGAGCACCAUUUCAUUACACUGGGCUCUGUGAGCAUCGUUUUUAUCGAGGUGAAAAAAAGCAUGUCAAUGGGAAGGCAAGGCCUCAACGUCAAGGGCCAGAUUCUAGCUGAGUGUGCGGCGGGAGACUAUGCCAACAUGGAGCAAGGGCACUGGGUGCCCAUCCUUGCUAUAUUAUGCAAUGGCAAUGACUUUGAGUUCUUUGUCUUUGACUCGUCAGCCAAAGAGAUAUACUCAUCACGUCGUAUUGCAGGUAUUAUAACCAAUGAGCUAGGUGACCAUGCUGAUCUCCUUAUUUCUACCAAAAGAACUUGUGAAUACCUAUUCGAUUGGUUCAUCAUGGGUUACAUUAAUAGCCUUCGAUCAUUCGGGCAUCGCUCAUUAAAACGAUCGCAUACCAAAAAACGGGAAUCUACUAGUCAAUGGGAAAGUGCGCUGGCGAAUGCUCAUGCCGCACACUGGCAUCUCAGAGAGGCGGCCGAAGCCGCUAAAAAGCAAAGGUUUCGGGAUGCUGAGACAACAGCCAGCAAGGGUUUGGAACAACUGAAACAGAGUGUUUCGGAGAUCCCCCAUGAGCCACUAUAUGCGAGAAGUCUUGAAUCCUUAUGGGAUGGCAGCAUGCCUUUAGAAGAGGCCUUAAGCGACCGAAUCAUCUUCUAA